AUGACGGCGCCCCCGCCCGAGGCCCCGGCGCGCCCCCUGCAGAGCAGACGGCGUUUCCUGAGUGCCAACGUCCUGCCCGUGGGACUGUCUCCCGGCCCAGGGCCCCUGCGGAACGGGGGCUCCGCCCGCCCUGCACCCCUGCGCACACCCGGCCGGGCGCACCGGCAGAGCCCUGGUGGGGGGCCCGGCCGCCUCCUGGGCUUUCCCUUCCCGGCCUCUUCCUGGGCUGCGCCCCGACUCCCGAGGCUGGCGGAGGUGGAGCCGCGCGGGCCCGAGAAAGGGCGCCCCGAUGUGUCCAGCCGCCGCCUUGAUGUCUUCCUUGUCUUAGCGCUGCAGGCCUUAGGGGUCUCCAGCACCCCGGGAGGUGGGGUCCGGCUCGGCCGCUGGGGGCCGGCGCGCCCUGGCUCUGCGGAGUUCCGGGUAUUUCAGGCCCGGCCACGCGCGCUCCUGCGCUUGGCGCCACAGCGAGUCCUGGUGUCCGGCCGGCCCUGCCGCGGCCACCGGGCUGUGGAGGGCGACGCGCUGCGACUGGGAAGUGGGCUGCCGAGCAGUGGGCUCCGGGACUCACCACCGCCUGUGUCUGUCCGCCCGCCCGCCGCCUGCCCAGUGGAAGGCUGCCUGCGCGCCAUGCAGGCGGGGACGCAGAUGCUGAAGCUGCGCGGCGGCUUCCGGGGCCUGGCCCGCUUCUACUUCCUGGACGAGCACCGCUCCUGCAUCCGCUGGCGGCCCUCCCGCAAGAACGACAAGGCCAAAAUCUCCAUCGACGCCAUCCAGGAGGUGAGCGAGGGCCUGCAGUCGGAGAUCUUCCAGCGCUACCCCGAGGGCAGCUUCGACCCCAACUGCUGCUUCAGCAUCUACCAUGGCGGCCACCGCGAGUCGCUGGACCUGGUCUCCACCAGUGGCGACGAGGCGCGCACCUGGGUCACGGGCCUGCGCUACCUCAUGGCCGGCAUCAGCGACGAGGACAGCCUGGCCCGGCGCCAGCGCACCAGGGACCAGUGGCUGAAGCAGACGUUUGACGAGGCCGACAAGAAUGGGGACGGCAGCCUGAGCAUGGGCGAGGUCCUGCAGCUGCUGCACAAGCUGAACGUGAACCUGCCACGGCAGAGGGUGAAGCAGAUGUUCAAGGAGGCGGACACGGAUGACCACCAGGGGGCGCUGGGCUUCGAGGAGUUCUGCACCUUCUACAAGGUGAUGUCCACUCGCCGCGACCUGUACCUGCUCCUGCUGACCUACAGCAACCACAAGGACCACCUGGAGGCCGCCGACCUCCAGCGCUUCCUGGAGGCCGAGCAGAAGGUGGCGGGCGUGACUCUGGAGGGCUGCCGGGACAUCAUCCAGCAGUUUGAGCCCUGCCCAGACAACAAGAGUAAGGGGGUGCUGGGCAUCGACGGCUUCACCAACUACAUGCGCAGCCCCGCGGGCGACAUCUUCAACCCCGAGCACCACGGGGUGCACCAGGACAUGACGCGGCCGCUCAGCCACUACUUCAUCACCUCCUCCCACAACACCUACCUCGCGGGCGACCAGCUCAUGUCCCAGUCGCGGGCCGACAUGUACGCCCGGGUCCUGCAGGCCGGCUGCCGCUGCGUGGAGGUGGACUGCUGGGACGGGCCCGAUGGGGAGCCCAUCGUCCACCACGGCUACACCCUGACCUCCAAGAUCCUCUUCAGAGACGUCGUCGAGACCAUCAACAAAUACGCCUUCGUCAAAAACGAGUACCCUGUGAUCCUGUCCAUCGAGAACCACUGCAGUGUUGUCCAGCAGAAGAAGAUGGCCCAGUACCUGACGGACAUCCUCGGGGACAAGCUGGACCUGUCCUCAGUGAGUGGCGAGGACGCUGCCACGCUGCCCUCUCCGCACAUGCUCAAGGGCAAGAUCCUGGUGAAGGGUAAGAAGCUGCCGGCCAACAUCAGCGAGGACGCGGAGGCCGGGGAGGUGUCCGACGAGGACAGCGCGGAUGAGAUUGACGAGGACUGCAAGCUCCUCCAUGGGGACGCCUCUGCCAACCAGAAGCGCGUGGAGAACAUCGCCAAGAAGAGGCUGGACUCGCUCAUCAAGGAGUCCAAGAUCCGGGACUGCGAGGACCCCAGUGACUUCGCCAUGUCCUCGCUCUCCCGGGCGGGCAGGCUCAGGCCCAGGGCCGAGGAGGACCCCGAGUGCGGGCGGGAGCAGGGGGCCGGCAAGCGCGACGGCUGGCGGCGCGUGGGCGGCUUCUCCAAGCGCAAGAAAAAAAGCAGCAAGCUGAAGAAGGCGGCCAGCGUGGAGGAGGGGGACGAGGGCCCGGACGCCCAGAGCCGGGGGGCGGCCAGGCAGAGGAAGACGGUGCAGCUGGCACGGGCCCUCUCUGACCUGGUCAAGUACACCAAGUCCGUGGGCGCCCACGACGUGGACUCGGAGGCGGCCUCCAGCUGGCAGGUGUCGUCCUUCAGCGAGACUCAGGCCCAGCAGGUCCUGCAGCAGAAGCCGGAGCAGUACCUGCGCUUCAACCAGCGCCAGCUGUCCCGCAUCUACCCCUCCUCCUACCGCGUCGACUCCAGCAACUACGACCCGCAGCCCUUCUGGAACGCCGGCUGCCAGAUGGUGGCCCUGAACUACCAGUGAGGGCGCGUGCUGCAGCUGAACCGGGCCAAGUUCAGCGCCAACGGCGGCUGCGGCUACGUGCUCAAGCCGGACUGCAUGUGCCGGGGAAUCUUCAACCCCAACUCCGAGGACCCCCUGCCCGGGCAGCUCAAGAAGCAGCUGGUGCUGCGUAUCAUCAGCGGGCAACAGCUCCCCAAGCCCCGGGCCUCAGUGCUGGGGGACCGAGGGGAGAUCAUUGACCCCUUCGUGGAGGUGGAGGUCAUCGGGCUCCCCGUGGACUGCAGCAAGGAGCAGACCCGCGUGGUGGACGACAACGGCUUCAACCCCAUGUGGGAGGAGACGCUGGUGUUCACCGUGCACAUGCCCGAGAUCGCGCUGGUGCGCUUCCUGGUCUGGGACCACGACCCCAUCGGGCGGGACUUCAUCGGCCAGAGAACGCUGGCCUUCAGCAGCUUGCUGCCAGGCUACCGGCACGUGUACCUGGAGGGCGUGGAAGAGGCGUCCGUCUUCGUCCACGUGGCCGUCAGCGACGUCAGCGGUAAGGUCAAGCAGGCACUGGGCCUAAAGGGCCUGCUCCUCCGCGGCCCAAAGCCCGGCUCCCUGGACAGUCAUGCUGCUGGGCGGCCCCCGCCCCGGCCCUCCGUUAGCCAGCGGCUCCUGCGGCGCACGGCCAGCGCCCCCGCCAAGAGCCACAAGCCAGGCCGCAAGGCCUUUCCGGAGCUGGUCCUGGGCUUGCAGGACGUGGGCUCCGCGGGGGAGGCGCCUGGCACGGCCCCGGGCAGCCCCAGCCCCGCUCCGGAGGCCCUGGCCCCGGAGGAGCCCCGCAGCGGCAGCCCCCGAGGCACCCGCCCCUUCUCCGCGCAGAGGCCCGUCUCCUCCCUGUGUGGCCUGGAGACCAUCGCCGAGGAGCCCGCCCUGGGAGCAGGGCCCCCCGCGCUGGUGGCUGCCCCCGGUGGGCCCCCAGGACCUGAUGCCAAAGCGACAAGCCCCCCGAGGGAGGCUCUGGGGGCCCCUGGCGGCAGGCAGGGGGCACACGAUGGUGGGGACCCUGGUGGGGCACUGGAGGGCGCCUCGGGCAGCCAGCCGGACAGCAGAGGCCACGCCCGGGCCUUGGGCCACCCGCCUGAGGUCAGAAGGGCCAAGAGCGAGGGACAGGUGCCCAUGGAGCCCCUUGGGGGCCGGUGGCCCCCAGCCGGGCCCUGCGUGGCCCUGCACUCAGACGCCACGGGCUGGGACCGGCUCUGGCAGCGGCUGGAGCCCAGCAGCCACCGGGACAGCGUGUCCUCCUCCUCCAGCAUGUCCUCCAGCGACACGGUCAUCGACCUCUCCCUGCCAGGCUUGCGCCGCGAGAGCCUGACGGGGGCCCCUGCUGGACGCCUGCCCCUGCGGCCCUGCUCGGCCUCGGCCCCCCGCCUGGACCCGCCCGCUGUGGCCAAGAGCAAAUCCAACCCCAACCUGCGGGCCGCGGGCCAGCCGCCUGCGGGCCCCGGCGAGCCGAGGCUGAACCCCAGGCCGCCGUGGGGCCACCUCCCCCUGGCAGGCCUCCGGAACUGCCCAGCGGCGGCCAAGUCCAAGAGCCUGGGGGACCUGACCGCGGAGGACUUCGCCCCUCAAGCGGAGAGCCUGGGCCUGCGUCUGGGCCGCCGCCUGGGCGCCCCCCACGGGGGGGCCGGGGGGCCGGGGGCCGGGCGGGACGCCCUGACAGAGCAGCUGCGCUGGCUCACGGGCUUCCAGCAGGAGGGGGACAUCACGUCGCCCACCAGCCUGGGCCCCGCCGGGGAGGGGGGCGCGGGCGGGUUCCUGCGGCGCGCCUCCUCCCGCAGCCAGAGCCGCACGCGCGCCAUCGCCAGCCGCGCCCGCCGGGCCCAGGAGCGGCACCAGCGUCUGCAGGGGCCCCCGCGGGAGGAGCGGGGCACCCCCGAGGGCGCGUGCUCCGUGGGCCAGGGGGGCUGCGGGGACACGCCAGCCUCCGAGGGGGCCGCGGCCGCGGGCCUCCUGCUCCGACUCUGA